GGACGGGGAAUUGAGCGUAUCGAAAAGAAACUCGCUUCUUGGAAGCAAUUCCUUCAAAACAAACAAAUAUUCAGACUAUUGAUUGUAGACUGUCGAGCAAAGCUCCACUUUCCGUGGCCGUCAAAUUGUAAUUAUUUUACAACAUGGAUCCAUUUCAUAUUGAACUAUUAACAGCCAUUGGAGCGAGGUUUAAAUUCUGCAGGCAAUUAACUUUUCUAAUUUAAAAAUGUCAGCAAAACACACUGUGUCCAGAUUAAUGGAUCCUCUGUAUUUGCUAUAGUCUUUACAACUUUUAUGGCUAUUCAAUUAGCUUCACUCCCUUUCCUGGAACGACUAUCUCUAAAAGGAGCUCACAUUUUCUUUCUUCCUGAAAGAUUCACAUUGUGCCGGUUGAAGAAUUGCAGAAAGAAGAAUGUUCAAUUUAAAGGCAAUUUGGGCCUCUCGACAAAACCAAUGCUGCUUUAAUUGUUCCAUCACCCAGAGCCUUAUCAGUAAACAGCAUUCACCCGAGAGGAAGACUGAGACAACCGCAGCAUUUAGAUGAGCGAUCAAGGACAGAUUAGGGAGUGAAAAGUGGUCUAAAUGUGUUUGUGUAACAGGUUAAACAAGCCCCUUAAAGCAGCAGAAUCCAUUUAUACCUUGGAUCCUGAAGCAUUACCUGCAUGUUGAUCCAUUCCAAGAGAACAGCGUUGAAAUGAAGGAUGGAUGGAGGACAAGGUUAAGAGGUUUCAGAUUGCACCCAAAACAUGUAGUCUGUGCUUCUUGGAAAGCUCUUAGCUGCAUGUGAACUACAAAGGCUGUGGUAUGAAUAGCUUCACAGUCUCACGGUUCAACAGACACUCCCCGGGAGGAGAGGGCCAAGAUCCAGGCACUUGUGGGGACGGCGGAUUUGCCCGUGACCCCUGACCCCCCGUCUCUAACCCAUGUCCGCUCUGAUUGGUGAAGGUACAGACACUAUGGUGAACCCUGGCGGCAGCGCCCAGCCUCCCCCGGGUGGGGCGGGCACUCUCCCCUGGAAAAGGUGCGCGGGGUGCGGGGGCAAGAUCGCCGACCGCUUCCUCCUCUAUGCCAUGGACAGCUACUGGCACAGCCGCUGUCUCAAGUGCUCGUGUUGCCAGGCCCAGCUGGGGGAGAUCGGCACGUCCUGCUACACCAAAAGCGGCAUGAUACUCUGCAGAAACGACUACAUCCGGUUAUUUGGCAACAGUGGGGCGUGCAGUGCGUGUGGACAGUCCAUCCCAGCCAGUGAACUGGUCAUGCGGGCUCAGGGCAAUGUGUACCAUCUCAAGUGUUUCACGUGUUCCACCUGCCGAAACCGCCUGGUCCCCGGCGACCGGUUCCACUACAUCAACGGCAGCUUGUUCUGCGAACACGACAGACCCACGGCCCUCAUCAACGGCCAUUUGAACUCGCUCCAGACCAACCCGCUAAUGCCGGACCAGAAGGUGUGUUAGAGGGACAGAUCGCCCGCCUUCGCUUCUGCCCUCCCUCAUCAUCACUCACAAGUCUCCGCACUCCUGCCAAAAACCUGCCGCCCCCCCCCCCCCCCCCCGCCUCUCCCUCAACACCCCGAAAAUUCCCUUUUGCUUGAGCUCCUCUGCGGACGGACGUGACGGAGGUGGGAGAUUGAGGACUCUGUGAACCUGGACUAAUGGACGACUGUUCUGCAAACGGGGAGAGAGAGAGAGAGAGAAAAAAAUGGAACGGAGAGAAAGAAAGAGGGAGCCUAACCUGAGGAAGAGAGAAUGAAAAAUGACAAAUGACGCUAAUUAAGUGCAGCUUUUCAAUCUGCAUCAUACCGCCAUUAACACGUAAUGGGGGGCGCUGACCUGUGUUUUUUUUCCCCUUCCUCCAGCUUCCAGCCCCUCCCCCCGCUCACACAGACCGCUUUUCUUUACCUCCUCAUAUUUCCUUUUUCUAUAUUUUUAGUGCUGUAAAGGGAAUUUGUUUAAUUUCAGAAUUUGGGGAAUUUGUGGAAAUUGAAUCAUAAAUACUUUGUGUAUCUGUAAAAUACCAUGUAUGUAUGCAUGUAAAGUGGUUUUUGUCCCAAUGUGGCUACACUCCUGUCCGGACACACUGCACCCCUUCCUCUGAUCUAAGUCUGUCCCACCUCCCCCACCCCACCCCAUCCCCAAAAAAAAAACACCCAGCUCCUGGGCUAAAAAAACAAAACAAAAAAAAAUCUGUCGCUUUCGGCCGAUAAUGUAGAGAUUUUCACCAACCUAUAAAUGCUGAAUGAAAAAUAAAUCUAUUUGUGAUAUUUUCAGAUACAUUUGCUCAAUUAUUGUGUAUUUAAGUAAUAAAAUUUCAAAAGAGAAAACCCAUCCUUCCUGUUUCCAUUUAA